AGUAGGUCUCCCACACGGCCGACAUGAAAUGACCCCCCAUGGCUGUCGGAACUAUCCAUAUGCGGCCUGCCCGCCUUACUCGGUACAGUUCUGUCCCCUCAACUGCGACUCGACUCGUGCUUACCGAAUACUUAUUGGCAUCUUACGCCCACGGUAUUGACAAUCCUAAACUGCGCUCGCUUCUCUGCGCUCUAGAGGAUGCGACAGCAUCUAUCCGGACACCUGAAUCGACAUGCCCAUGCUCGAUCGGGCACUCAUGGAACCUCCUUACACGCAUGAACUUCCUGUCGCAAGAUGAGACUCGGCUCGACCCUCGCGCGAGAUAUAUUUGGCUACUUCUUGCACCCGCUCCUCGCUUGAUCACUUGAUAGCAAUGGUUGGCGUCCCUGGGAAAAGCAAAGGCUGCAGCACCUGCCGUCGGCGCAAAAAGGGAUGCGAUCAGAAACGUCCGGUUUGUGGUCAAUGUGCCACAACUGGCAACAUCUGCGGUGGUUACGACCGUGAGCGCACCUUCAUUCUUCAUCCCGCGAGCAAGAAAGUCGAGCAUGCCAUCUUUGUCGCGCGUACCAGGCCCGCUAUCCUUCCUCUCCCGGGCUCAGUCAAUCGGGGAGCUGUGGAAUCGCAAUGCAAGAGUCUAUUUUGGGACCUCUAUAUGCCUCAGGGAGAUGCUGCAUGCCGAGAUGACUUUAUAAUCCGGUGUGGUCAUCCCAUGAAUUGGACAGAAGUCAUUCAAAAUGUCACCAAACAGGAUGUCUCCCUGGCGGACGCCUUUUCAGCUUUGAGCAUUUCAAGAGUCGGUCAAGGCCACAGAGAUGUCCGUCUUGUUCAUGAAAGCGCGAAGCUUUACGUCAAGGCACUCAAAGAGCUGCAGCUCGCUCUCUUCGACCCCCAACGAAUGCAUUCCGAUCACGUCCUCAUGGCGUGCAUGCUGUUGGGACUCUAUGAAGUCUUUGAGGGUCCAGCAUUCAAUUCGCGAAGCUGGGUGGCACAUGCCGCAGGAGCGGCUCGACUGAUCCAACUUCGUGGCGCUAGGCAUCAUCAAAAUUGGCUUGCUCAUCACCCCUUUCUGGCUUCGAGGAUUCCCACAAUCUAUGCUGCCAUUCUACAAAGAAAGGCGACAUACUUGGCUUCAGAAGAGUGGCGAACAGUACCGUGGGAGUUCCAGCACAGGACCUAUUUUGAUAGGAUGGUUGACCUUGGCACUCUCAUCCCGGGCAUCCUGGAGAAAUUCGACAUUCUCCGGGAAUAUGAUUUUGAUACGACUGCGGAGCUCGCUGGGCUGCUGGAUGAAUGCAGAGACCUCCAGACCAAAAUGAAUAAAUGGAGGGAUGGCACAAAGAAGGGCGCGAUACCACGUGUCGUCGAACACGAUCUAAUCGAACAGCCUGGUUAUCCUUUUGCUACCGACCUGUGGUUCGAAAACCACUUGUUCGCCCACGCACGUCUGGUCUAUCAUACGUGUUCGCUAGCAUUGAGCGAAGUGGGAAAUGAGAUCUUGCAGGCUCUCUAUCUCCGAGAUCAUAAACGACUGGACUCGAGUGACCGUGCAACGCUAAAGGGGCUGUUUGAUGCGGAAAGUCAAGCGGCCAAUAUUUGCCGAUGUGUUGCCUAUUGCUUGCAACCAGAGAUGGGGGCUUGGGGCGCCAACAUUAUCAACUUUCCUGCAAAUCUUGCAUUUGCGUAUUAUCAAAAGACAGGUCACAAAGUGGCUACUGACUGGCUGGAAAGGGCUUUCCAGAGUGCCAAAUUGAGAGGACUUCACGUUGAGAAUGUCUUUGACGUGCUUCUACCGAGUCUUCGGGAUCGAGACGAUCGAAUGCGCUUUGCGAAAAGAGAAUCGAGUACCGAAUCGUCAGACAGCAGCGAGCACUCGCCGGCUUCGAACCAGAGUGUCGCAAGCCACACGCUCUCUCUUCAUAGUCUAUCGAGUAAUGCGACAACUAUUUUCGUCUAUGAAGAUCCCGCGAAGGACUACGACGCGAACUUUGAACCGGAUUGAGACACGCCGGUCGUAUGGGCAUUGCAACAAGAUGAAGAGCAGAUGGAUCAUGGCACUCUCGGGAUGCGGCUUAGUUUAUCGAAACGCCAGGAAGACAACAUAUGUUCCACCACAAGUCGGAGGAUAACAUCGUCCUUUGCAGUGUACGCACAAAAGACAGGGUACGAGUCGCUCCGGGCCCAUUUCGCCCUGGACUCCAACAGCCAGGUGCAUCUGCAAGCAGAAAGAUCAGCACCUGUUCAGCUCAGUGUCUCUUAACUUCGGUCAAGCCACUAUUCCCGAUCGGCCGCACCAAAGGCGGUGCUUCCGCAGCCUUCGAAAACUUGCUCCGAAAGACUCGUGAUUUCACUACAGGUCGCCGAUAAUUCGAUCUUAUCUCUUCUCCCGUGUCCAAGUGGACGAAUUGGUGCUCCUGGUAAUUGCGAGACAGCUCCAUCAAACAGAGAGUUUGAGCCUUAUAGCUCCCUCAACGGCGGCAGAACAAAAUCCUGAAGAUGGUCUGAUGAUAUAUCCUCCAGGACCAAGGAGCUAUCCGCAAAUUCUUAAUGUGUACCGAGGGUCUGUGAGAGUUGGGGUUCUUUGCGCCUCCAAAGAUCAGCAGAGCCACAUAAUCAACCGAAUCGUCAACUGGAUUUUAUCUACACUUGAGCGAUUCCGUCUUCAGCCAAUUGCCUGAAUCUCGAGUCGCGAGGUCGAAAACCGCCCUGAGUGUCGAUGUCGCAGGGUCACGAUAGGCAGAGAAGCCUAGACAAUUUGAAAAUUUAUCUCACAGACGAACGACCGACAGUCAUGACUUCAGCAAGGUCAGUUGUAGAGUUGCAGGACUCUCUCAAGCAACCCAACGGAAGGUUAUCAGAACUGUGUCAAAUAAUUGGAGCUUGCCGUAUGUUAUUGGUGUUGUGCAGAAAGCUCGGUGCCGAAGUAUGUCGUUCCGUCGUGCCGCCACCUCGACUGGCACGUUGAUUUGAAUGUCCCUCUGUAGCGACUUUGCUUCGACGUGGGUUCUAGGAAAUGUGCAAAUGAAAGGUGUGCUUGACCGUGAAUACUUGGUGUUACUCUCCAGGGCCAAGUGGGGUUUAAUUGGUUAAUGGUAGUGAGAGAUGGGCUUUGAGAUGCAAGUCAUAGCCAGUCGAACUGCAUUGUAUUCCUCUUAAUCAACGAUCGAUGCUGUAAGAAGCUUGAAUAUUAUUAUAGC